UGAAAGCUGAAAGGCAAAUAGAAAAAGAUUUCGUGGGGAAGAAGCAACCGAACUCCAAAAUCCAUAAUCCGAAAUCCAGAGAAUUGGAAGCAGAAAGGUAUUGAAAAUUUUGAGUUUGGAGAGUUGAAUCAUCGACGAGAGGCAGUAAUGGAUGUGAUAAAGACGCAGCAAAUAUCGGCGAGACCGAUAGAGAAGGUAAUAGUGCACCCACUGGUUCUCCUGAGUAUCGUCGAUAACUACAACAGAGUCGCUAAGGAUACUCGCAAACGCGUUGUUGGUGUUUUGCUUGGUUCUUCUUUUAAAGGCGCCGUUGAUGUCACUAACAGCUAUGCAGUGCCAUUUGAAGAAGAUGAUAAGGACCCAAGCAUCUGGUUUCUUGACCACAAUUAUCACGAGUCUAUGUUUUCUAUGUUCAAAAGAAUAAAUGCCAAGGAGCAUGUGGUGGGUUGGUAUAGUACAGGUCCAAAACUGAGGGAAAAUGACCUGGAUAUUCAUGGACUUCUUAAUGAUUAUGUUCCAAAUCCUGUCUUGGUCAUAAUUGAUGUCCAACCAGUGGAGCUGGGAAUUCCCACAAAAGCUUACUGUGCAGUCGAAGAGGUGAAAGAGAAUGCCACCCAGAAAAGCCAGAAGGUAUUUGUGCAUGUGCCGUCAGAAAUUGCUGCUCAUGAAGUUGAGGAAAUUGGUGUGGAACACUUGCUAAGGGAUGUGAAGGACACCUCUAUUAGCACCCUCGCAACUGAGGUCUUGAUUUUGAAUGUGUCUGGGAAACUCACUGCUUUGAAAGGGUUGGAUGCUCGACUUAGAGAAAUACGCAGUUAUCUUGACCUUGUUAUUGAUGGAAAGCUACCACUAAACCAUGAGAUUUUGUACCAUUUACAGGAUGUAUUCAAUCUACUUCCAAACUUAAAUGUGGCUGAUUUAAUCAAGGCUUUUGCUGUGAAAACCAAUGAUAUGAUGUUAGUUGUCUAUCUUUCUUCCCUCAUCCGAAGUGUAAUUGCUCUCCACAAUUUGAUCAACAACAAGAUACUUAACAAAGAACAUGAGAAAGCAGAAGACUCAAAAUCUGUUGCUGUACCUGCUGCUGCUGGUAGCUAGAGAUAAAGAGAUUAUUGGCCUCAAUUUUCCAUGCGGUCACAUACCCUCUGGAGUUCUGACUAUGUGGCUGUCUUUGUCUUGAGUCCUUCUGGCCUUGGAGAAUCUUGGGUUUUUUUUUUUUUUUUUCAAGAAGAUGAGUGGGAGGAAUUGGUGGAUGGAUGUUUUAGUGUAAGCAUUCCUCUAAUUUGUGCUUCUUGUUGUGAUUGGUUGAAAUAUUUGUUCUUGCAAAUAUUUGCCAAAUGAUAUCUUAAUGGUAAGUUUAAAGCUCAUUCUUUGAC